UAUGUCUAAGAAUCUAUAACUGAAUGAAUAGGCUAGUAAAAUCUAUAUGUAAGACAUUUUAAGAGAGUUUGGGUAAACUAUAAAUAUAAUCAAAAUAGCUAUUUCAAAGCAUUAGAGCAACAAGCAGAAUAUUUUGAUUAUAUUGAAGAAACCAUUAGUAGCUUAGAAUAUAAAUAAGUGAAAAAGGGGAACAUUGUAUUUCAUUGUGGAGAAAGAGGAGAUUAUUUCUAUAUGAUUUUAAAAGGGACAGUAUUAGUAUAUGUUCCAAAAAAGUAAGAUUUGUGAAUUAUAUAUUUUAAAGAGAUGAAGAAAUUUAGAAAUAAAAGUAAAUAAUGUUACAAAUGAAUCAAUGUAAAGAAGAUAUGGCAAAUACUAAAAAGAAAGAUGAUGCAAAAUAAUUGUAAAAACAGAUGUAAGAUCUAUAGAAUCAAUUAAAGGAAUACUAAGGCAUGGAAGAUAUUCUUUUAUUUCCUUUUAAAAGUCGUUAUUAUUAGAAACUUCCUAAUGGUUAAAUGAUUUGUUUAUAUAAAAAAGUAAAUACAAUGAAAGAUGGUGAUUGUUUUGGAGAAGUUUCAUUGUUUAGAAAUGAACCAAGAGCAGCUACUUUAAUUGCAUUAGAUACUUUACAUUUGGGAGCUUUGAAUAAAUCUAAUUAUUUAAGGAUUUUUGAAUCUAAAUUAGAGAAAUUGAAUUUCACUUUAGGAAUGCUUAGUAAAAUGUUUCCAUAAUCAUCUAAAGAAGUAGUUAUAUAAUUAAGUUUUGAUUUUCAAAGAAAAUUAUUUUCUAUAAAUUAGACUAUUUUUAAAUAAGGAGAUAUAGUUGAUGGAUUAUAUUUGAUAUUUUAAGGGAUAGUUGAAAUAAGUUCUGAUAAUGUGAGAGUUAAUUAAUUUAGUGAAUGUCAAUUUGUUGGAUUAUUUGAUUUAAAAAAUCCAGGUUUAAGACAAUAUACUGCUACUUCAGUAUCAUAUGAAACUAUUAUAUAUUUUUUACCUAAGAAAUAAUGUUCUGGAUUAGAUAGAUUUAUGAGAGAAAGAAUUAAUGAUUAUAGAAUUAGUAGUGAUGGAUUUAGAUAAGAUUGGGUUAAGAAAUGUCAUAAGAUGAUUGCAAAAUAAUAAUAAGAUACAAAUAAAGUUAUUUUAAAAGAUAUAAAUACAAAAGAAAUAUUAUAAAAAUGUAUUACAUAAAGAGAAUCAAAAACAACUUCAAAUACAAUAAGUAAAGAUAGAAUUAAUUAAAUUGUUGAAUAUAAUAAUCAUCAAUGUUCAUUAAAAGAGAAAUUAAAGAAUGUGAAAUUAUGUUUAUAAAUGAGAGAUUUUGAUAAAGAAAAAGAACUAGUAGAAAAAAUGAUGAAAUAAUAAUAUACUUAAUUACCAAGAUUGAGAGAAAGACCAAGAAAUCUAUUUGAAACAUAUACAAAUUUGAUGUCUAAAGUAUCAAGAUUAAGUUUAAGUCCAAACUUUUAGUCUCCUAACACUAGUGAUCAUAGUAUUAAGAAUAUACAUGUGGAGAAGAAAUUAUAAUAAAGAUUAAAAAAAAGUGAACAAAUAAUUAAUUAAAUUAUGGGAAUAUGA